AUGAAGGAUUUUUUAGAACUUGCAAACAAGAAUGUGUGGUUUGUCUGUGAUGAUUAUGACCCAGGAGACCUUUUACCAGCAAUGACAAUUUUAAUAUCAUCACCUAAUCAAAAUGUUAAAGGACUCUAUGACAUGUGGGAGAUCCCCCGUUAUGUUCUCAAUGAAACUGAAACAAGCAGAAUAAACCAUCACAUAUUGCAUAUUAUGAUGCCUGAUUAUGAUGAUACACAGCCAGAAGAUGUUGGGAACUCUAAUGUUCAUGAAAUGGAGGCGGACCAUGAUGAUUAUCAACACAUUCUCUCAAAGUAUAGGCCAUUACAAAGCUCAGAUAUUAAGAGUUACUACUCGAAAUUAAGCAACGCUUCUAGAAGAAGAGACGUGCGCAAACAGUAUGAUGCUCGUGUGUUCUUGGUUGUUAGCACUCUUAUUCAAAUAUUUUAA